AUGGAAGCGUCUGUUACAACUUCUCCAUUCUUGUUAGCUUCCGUAGACUAUACUGUGACAGCUGUCAUAUUUCUUGGAGCCUUUUCUAUCAUUUUAACUAUAGUUCAUCUAUUUCAAUCAACAAGAUAUCGUUCUAUUGAGGACUCUGAGAAAGGGAUUAUCACACGUAUACCGAAACCACCUGGAGAGGGAUAUUCUGCUUAUUUCUACCAGCAAUCUGAUGAUGAGAUGAAAACAUUCGCUUUUCAAUAG